GGCUUUUCCUGUUACCAUUGCAACAAGUGGCUGCUGGCCUAGUCAGAACAAGGCCAGAAAACACUGCAACUCAAAUAGACCAGAGAUUACAAGUAUGCCUUCUGGAGAAAAGAAACCCAUGUUUCUGAACUGUACAGAACACAUUCAGCUGGAUUUCAAAGCUAAACCUUAUGCAAAAUGGACCCCGGAAACCAAGCCUUUUGUGUGUCAAAUUUAUUUCACCAUAAACUACUCUUCUUGGGAGAAAGAAUGUUGCUUGGGAAUCAGAGAAAAACAGUGUGGUGCUAAUAAUUUAAAAGAGCUGAAAAGCCUUCAGUACAAUAAUGCUGCAGAGAGAGACUCAGACUCCACUAAGGGAGAAGUUUUCCCCACAGUCAUAUUUGAUGCUUUUUUUGCAACUGCACAGGCCAAACUCCCACAUACACUCCACAGAAAAUCACAGGAGUCUCUGGCAUCACAAAAUACAAAAAUGAUUCCAUCCAUAGUCAUUUCACAGUUGAUUGAUGAGAAUAAAUCAAAAGAAAAUGGGUCUGCUUUGCCGAUGCAGUCUGUGAUCACUCAGCCUAAUGCUUAUCAUACGAAGCAAUCUCUGCUUAAUCAUAGUUCAGUCAACAUUAAUAGAGCAUUCACGUUACUUCCCAGCAGAUUAGGAAUUCAGGCAUCUUUCGAUGACAACAUAUCUAGAACAGACUCUCAUAAAAAAGGAUUUGCAUCCAUAACAGUUACUGCUAGACGGGUUGUUCCACCUUUUAACAACCCAGUGCAGGUAGCCGUUACUGAUACUCUGUGUUUGAAAUGCAGGGGAGAUGAUGUACUAAUGAACACUACUGCUACUUCAAACAAGGCAAUACGAGCUCAGCACUGCACACCUUUGCAUAAUCAAGAAUCUUAUAUAAACCGAUAUGCCACCAGAUUAAAGGGUUAUGAUUCUCAUUCACAACUGUGUCAAGGGCAUGGAGACGGGAUUUUUAACACUGAAAACAAAGAAAACAGAAUGUUUCCUCCAGGCAACAAUCACAGGAAAAAAGCACCUGUUUCAUGCACUUCAUCUGUUCACUUCAGAGUUUCCCAGCAGUGUGCAAAUACGAUCUAUUACUUCAACAAGUCACUUUCUGUAUGUAUUGACCAACCUCAAAUUAAAAGCCAAAAAAUUCAUAGAUCAAUAUUGUCGUUCAAUAUAAAUUGCAGUUCACCCACAUUAACACCAGAUGGAGCAGAUAGCAUAGCUAAUGGAGAGUCAAUAGAUGAGAUACUUAAAACAAAGCUCCCAGAAGAAAUCAAGACUCCACUGAGAACAAAUUCAAAUGCAUAUUUAAACGAAAAUAAUGUAGAUAAAAAAGAGACAGCAGAGAAGGAAUAUUUGAGUACUGCAUGUCCUUGGAAAAGUACAUCUCCCUCUCAAUGUUCAGCAUUUGUUGAUACACCCAAAGGAACUAAUAAUGUAAUAGUCGCAAAGCAAAAAGAAGAUAAUUCUGAUGAACAGUGUACUAGCAAUGACAUCAAAUUGUCCAUUCACAUGUCUAAGUGGAGUUAUGAGGCAGGAAUGCAAACUUUUUCAGGAAGCUACUGGAAGCAGUACGCUAAAGACAAGUAUAAUGCAACUGCUCCUGCUUCCUUUGUGGAGCAAGCUCCCAAGAAAGAAUUCAGUGCCAAUGGUGGUGGCUCUUUAAAAGAGAGAGAUCCAUCCAUAGGCACUUCAAACUCCAAAGGGAUUCGAGUGCAAUGCUUUCGGAAACCAAAAAUCUCUAUGUCUGAUUGUGUAUGUGAUAUAAAAGCCUUAUCAAAACCUGCAUUGGAAGAAAAUGAUGUCCACAGGAAAAGUCAGUUCCCAAAAGGUGAUUACAAAUUCUGUGGUUCAGUUGGCAAAAUAAAGGAUUGUAAGAAGAGUGACAAACAAGAGACUGCCAGCAGGGUAACAACAUCCGCAGUUUACUCGCCAGAUGUUACUCAUGAGAAACAAGAAGCAUUCACACAGACAGAAAUCUACUCUGAGCCUGAGAAAAUUCCAUCCAGCCUAUUGACUUUAAGGGAGGCCCUGGAAGUCCGUAAACCUCAGUUUAUUUCUCGUUCACAAGAACGGUUGAAAAAACUUGAACAAAUGGUACAAGGGAGGAAAACCCAGCUGAGUGACACUCCUGAAACACAAGAAGGAGCUUUUCCGCCUCACAAACUUUCCUCAGUGUCUAUAUCUAACAAAAAGAAGCAAUAUACUGUUCCCCACCCUCUUAGCGAUAAUCUGUUCAAACCAAAGGAAAGGUUCAUUUCAGAAAAGGAGAUGCACAUGAGAUCUAAAAGGAUUUAUAAUAACUUGCCUGAAGUGAAAAAGAAGCAAGAAGAAAAACAGAAACAGAUAAUUAUACAAAGCAACAGACUGCGGGUUGAGGUCUUCAAAAAGCAACUACUGGACCAGCUUCUUCAAAGAAAUACGGAGUGACAAAGGAGACCACUGGAUCUUGAAUGUCUUUGACUAUUAGAUAAGACAUAAAAUUUAGCAUUAUCUUAACUACCUGGAGACAUAUUUCUUACCCUUAACAUUCUAUGUAAAAGGAAGAUAAUUUGUACUUCAGUAGGAAUUUGAAAGAAAGAAACUUCCAAGUAACUAAGAAAGAACCUAUACAUGAGCAAACUUCUUUAGCAGUAUCCUGUUCUGGUUGGCUUACCCAGAGAAAGUAAUUUUAAGAAGCUUUUAUGCAAAUAUUGGAUUACAAUGGUAUUUAUUUUCAGUUUUUUAAAUAUAUAUAUAUAUAUAUAUCUUUUUAGCAAUAUAACUAGGUUUACAAGACCUAGGAAACUUAUUUUUCUAAAGUAUGUUGCUCAUUGAUUUCCUGAGAGUAAAAUUCUAGAAAAAUGAAUAUCGUUAUUUGUUAUCUUUAGAAACCAGCUGAAAUGGCAUUACCACAUAAUCAUAUAAGCAGUCUUUUAAAAUGAAUGGUUAGCAUUACCAAAAGGGACCAAUAUUUUAAUGCUCUGAACAAGCCCAUUCUGGUUUAUGUAGUGAACCCAAAUAGCAGGGUUAACUGGGAGAAAGCAAAAUUUAGAACCUCAGUAAUAAUAUUUUCUACAUGUGUAUCACAACACUGCUUGCUUCAGGGAGCAUUAAGUAUUUGUAGAAAUGGCAUUUUAAGAAGUGGAGUGGACCCAAUGCAUUGGUAUCCACCAAGAAAUAUGUGGGUGUACAAUUACAUAAUUAAAAACAUCUGUAAUGUAUCCUCCAACAAUAUUUAAAUCUUUAUUUGUACAUUUUGGAAAUAAAAUCAACCAGUGUUCAUAUUAAAAGGAAUAAACAAAUAUAAUAAUCCAAAUGCUAUCACUUUAUAU